CGGCGGCGGAGGAGAAGAAGGCGGGAAGACGGGGCUCCGGCUCAGCCCGCCCGUCGUCCGUGUGGCUGCGGGGCGAGGAAGGCGGCGGGGCGCUUCGCCUGGCCCAGGCCCAAAUGCCAGCAUGAUUAAGAACUGACUCAGAAUCUCAAGACUUUACUUAAACAUCUGAUACGUGAAAGGAAAGGGUUUAACAGACCACUAACCAUGGCAGACCCUUCAGCCGAAGUUCCCUUUUCUGUGAUUACACAACCACAGCUAAUUGAGUCUACAGUGAUGAGCGAACCGCAGUGCUACUACAAUGAAACCAUUGCCUUCUUUUAUAACAGAAGUGGGAAGUACCUAGCCACUGAAUGGAACACUGUGAGCAAGCUUGUGAUGGGCCUUGGGAUUACAGUAUGUGUCUUCAUCAUGCUAGCCAACCUCUUAGUUAUGGUGGCCAUCUACGUCAACAGGCGUUUUCACUUUCCUAUUUAUUACCUAAUGGCUAACUUAGCUGCUGCGGACUUCUUUGCAGGGCUGGCGUAUUUUUACCUAAUGUUUAACACAGGACCCAACACUAGAAGACUGACUGUAAGCACCUGGCUCCUUCGUCAGGGUCUCAUUGACACUAGCCUGACAGCCUCUGUUGCCAACUUGCUGGCCAUCGCCAUUGAGAGGCACAUCACAGUGUUCCGCAUGCAGCUACAUACCCGGAUGAGUAAUCGGCGCGUGGUGGUGGUAAUUGUUGUCAUCUGGACUAUGGCUAUUGUCAUGGGUGCCAUACCAAGCGUGGGCUGGAAUUGCAUCUGUGACCUCGCCCACUGUUCCAACAUGGCACCACUCUAUAGUGACUCUUACUUGGUCUUCUGGGCUAUUUUCAACCUGGUCACCUUUGUAGUCAUGGUGGUCUUGUAUGCUCACAUCUUUGGGUAUGUGCGCCAGAGGACUAUGAGAAUGUCUAGGCACAGUUCUGGACCACGUAGGAAUCGAGAUACCAUGAUGAGUCUUCUGAAGACUGUGGUCAUUGUGCUUGGUGCUUUUAUAAUCUGCUGGACUCCAGGAUUAGUCUUGCUGCUCCUCGAUGUUUGUUGCCCGCAGUGCAAUGUCCUGGCAUAUGAAAAAUUCUUCUUGUUACUUGCUGAAUUCAACUCUGCCAUGAACCCCAUCAUCUACUCUUACCGGGACAAGGAAAUGAGCGCCACCUUCAAACAGAUUCUUUGCUGUCAGCGGAACGAGAAUGCCAACGGCCCAACAGAAGGCUCUGACCGAUCUGCCUCAUCGCUGAACCACACCAUCUUGGCUGGAGUGUGCAGUAAUGAUCACUCGGUGGUUUGAAAUUGAACUGAAAGGGUUUUUUUUGUUUUUCUUUUUUUAAGGAAACAAAAACACGACGCCCCCACACAUGAGAAUUUAGUGCUGGGUGGAUUACUAGUUUUAAAACGAUUGACAACAUUGUUGGAGGUCUUGGAAGCAGAGAAAAAUAACAAUUUUACUAAGCUCUUCUUUAAUCACUAAUGGACGAUAGUACUUUAUUCACCAGUGCCCAGUUCACAAAAACUGUCCAGUCUUUAGAAGCCUCACUGUUGUUUCGUUUUUAUCUUCUGCUUGGUGAAAGUAGAAAAAGAGCUGCUUACACUGGGAAGCUGACAAACAUUUGGGAAAGCCAUUUUUUAAAGCUACUCAUAACUAGCCUUCAUCAGAUGAUAUUUUUGUGAUGGCCCUAACUGAAAGCAUCUCCAAUUAAUUAAGCUUAAUAACUGCUACAGUGCCUUCUCAUUUAGAAAUUUAGGCUUCCUCCUUGUUUUUAAAAUGCAUUUCAUUCAUAAUUAUCCCCAUCAGCAUGCUUUGUGAUGGACAUUUUCAGGGCAAGGACAGAAACCUGUUGUAGCCUUCAUUUUUAUUUACACUGCCAAUAGCAAUGAAAAACAUCUGUUUUACUACUACAGUUGUCAAUAUAGCGGCUGGGAAAUGAAUGUCUUUCCCUUGAUUUACUAGAGUUUGGAAGCAGGCUUGUUGCAGAUACGGAUGUGCUUAAUUCUCACACUGAAAUCGGUGGGAAUUAAAAGAUGUUUGGUGACUGGCUAUAUUGCCCCCAAGACAUUUAGCGUUCUUUAGUAAAGAAUUAAGCAAUCUGUGUGACAUAUACUGGAAGUUUGAAGAAGUUUCUCGUGGCCAGAUCUCAUGGUGGAUUAUAAAAUUCUGAAAGAGCCACCUUGAAAUUGGCUAAGGUGAAGCAUGACCAUGCGUAUGUUUUUAAAGUGUAUUUGUAGUGUCAAGUCUCCUAAUUAAAGGGAUUUUACUUUUGGGGAAAAGUAAAACUUUUUUUAAAAGAA